ACCUGCUGCUGCAUACUGCUCUGCUACGUCUUGAUUGGCCGUCUUGGCCGAAAUCCUCUUGAAUGAUUUCAAACCGAACCCGAGUGUUUGGACAAGAAGGAGGAGGUGGGGGUGGGCUGCUAAUUCCGAGCAGGCUGAGUGGAAAGGCUUGAAUCCUCCGUCCGCAAACGCACCACUUCAGCAAAGAAGCUUAUCCGAGGAGCGUUGUUGACGGUGAACGCGUACAGGAGAGCACCAAGUGGACUUUACAAUUGGCUCAUGUUUACGCGACGGUUUUUACUUUUUACCUCAAAUCUGCUUAUUUGAAUUGUUUCGCUUUCUGUUUACCAUCGUUUGAAUGGAGCGAUGUCCAGAGGAGAGGGCGCACAUUGCUAUGGGAAUGUUGAUGGGAACCAGGACCUGAUUGAAAGUACAUGGUAAUUAAUCGAUUUAAAUCAUGUGUUUCUGUUAUUGACGGAAUGUGAGUACGAGCAUUUGUUUUAGAAAUAGGCUGCAGAAAGGGUUUUCCUUUACGAGAUUAGCGAGGGCAUUCAGUUCAUCUAGGGUUGCCAUAGCAUCACAUUAAUAUUUCCUUUUAAUUAUCGGCCUGUUGAAGAGGAGGGCAUAACGAUGCUUUCAUAUUUUGGACAAUGUAUUUUAACACAAUCCCGCAACUGAGGCUCUGUUGAAUUAGUUUUGACAGCACAUUUUAAGCCUCCGUUUUUACACGAUUUGAGACUCAGCCAGAGACAGCCAUGGCUAAAAAUCCGUCCGAGGGAGCGAAGGGUGAGGUGAGCCAGAUGACGGACGAGGAGGUGCUUCGGUUCAGCAAAGAGGAGCUGGUCCGGAGAUUAAGGAAGGUUGACGGCGAGAAAAUGAACCUGAUGAUCGAUCAUGGCAACAUGAUGAAAGACAUCAACCGGAGGCUGCAGGUGCACCUGCACGAGAUCCGGAGCCUGAAGGAGAUCAACCAGAAGCUGCAGGACGACAACCAUGAGCUCCGGGAGCUCUGCUGCUUCCUGGACGACGACCGACAGAAGGGCAAGAAACUGUCCCGGGAGUGGCAGCGAUUCGGCCGCUUCACUGCCAGUAACAUAUGGAAGGAGGUGGGCAACUACAUGAUGAAGCUAAAGGAGCUGGAAGCCAACCAGGACACCGUGUUGAGGGAGAACUCUGAGCUGAAGGAGAUCAUCCUCAUGCUGGAUGAGGAGAGGAACGGAGCGGGGUCCAGGAGCUCAAUAGACAGUCAGUCCAGUUUGACCAACCUGAACGGAGGCACCGGCACCGUCAGGGAUGUUGGAGAUGGGAGUAGCACAUCCAGCACAGGAAGUGCUGGGAGCCCAGAUCACCACAAUCACAACCACAUACACAAGCCCGCCACAGAGAGCAGUAAGCUAGGCACCACCAUAAGGAGGUCCAUGGAUGACCUGUCAGCACCGCACCACCACAGGAGCAUCCCAAAUGGACUUAAUGAUUCCUCCACCAACUACAUCAGGCAGCUGGAGUCUAAAGUGCGGAUCCUGGAGGACGAUAACACUAAGCUCCUCACACAGGCCAAUAGCCGCCGGUAUAGUUUAUCACAGAUACAGACAAAAAAGCAGUGCAACCCAGGUGACCUUCGUGCCCUGAGGAAGGGAAUGACCCUCUACCACUCAGAGUCCCAGCUAUCCUCACUGCCCCAACGCCAGGACGCCAUGCACAUGGGUACCGGGCGUCUCCCCACCAGUGAGUCCUCUCCCGCCACAGGUUACCUGUCCUGCGCCCAGAAGCCUGAAGCAGUGGUCCAUGCCAUGAAGGUGCUGGAGGUCCACGAGAACUUGGACAAGCAGGUCCCCGAGGACUACGAGGACGACCUCAGUGAGAAAGAGAAGGCCAUUGUGCGAGAGAUGUGCAACGUGGUGUGGAGAAAGCUGGGUGAUGCAGCAGGAUCAAAGCUGUCCAUCAGACAGCACCUCUCUGGGAACCAGUUCAAAGGGCCGCUGUAGCAUGGCAACAGAAAGAGAACCAGAGAGAGAGAUUUACAGUACUCACCUGAAAACACCUGCGCCUACACAACCCAUCAUGCCGUGCUCCCCUACUGCCUACAGAACCCAGCAUUCCUCCGACAGACGCUCUCUAUUGACUGGCUCAGACCUGUUAGCCUGUUAUCCACAUGCACAACUGUCUUUAUCUCAGAGCUUAUGAAGCGUCUGCAGCUAGUUUCACCGAUUUUCUUCGUUGAUUUGAAGGCCACACAACGAUCUCUCUCUGUAAAAGCCAUCAACACAAUUUUUUCGUUCUUCAGAGCAUAGCUGUGCUACAUUAAGUUAACGAUAAGACAUGGUUUCAAGCACAGACAAUAAAGUGUCUAGCCAUGGAUGUGAAGGCAACACGAUUGCGGUAUCUUCAGAUACAUCUUUGAUAGUACCUCCUUUAGAGACCCCCUAGCUCCUGUCACAUGUAUUGCACCCCCCCUAGUGGUAAAUGAGUAUAACUAGCAUUAGCAUUCUAAAGUGUUAACUAAUGUGAAACCCACUGUGACCUAGCACCUUGUGCUCAUAAGACAAGUCUAUGGAUAAUAACGUCUAGAGAUCACUGUUAACUUGUGUAUUAUAUGUAUAAAACCAUAGCACUACUUUCAUUGUUAUUGUUGAUUUUACUUUUAUCUUUUUUUGUAUUUUAGCGUGGCCAUGUGAUCAAUAAUUUUAGUUGGAAAAGCGUACACAACCAGACCUUUUUAAACAGGGUUUUCUUUUGGUAAAAAAAAACAACUCUUCUUUUAACUCCUUCUUUUAGUUCUUCUCCAGAUGUAUUGCUGUAAUUCCGUCUCUCUGUAUUGGAAAUGUAUCAAGGCCAUUCUGAAUCAGACCAUCCCCUUGGGCUAAUUUUCUUACUUUGUAAAAAUGAACUAAAACUGUAUGCUGUUUGCAUGCUCGACAAUCAUUUUCUCAGGUUGGGAGGGCUACAGCUUUACCUUUGCCCAUCUGUGACUGCGUGAGUGUGAGUGUGUGUGUGUGUGUGUUUGUGUUGGCGUGCAUGUGUGUGUGAAAGGAGACUGAAUGCUUCUCUCGCAGCUGUAGCAUCUGCCUGUGAAUCCUCUUCUUCUCUAUUGAACCCUGGUUACAACUCGGUUGAAGACUGCUGAAGGCAUUUGCUGAAUCCAUAGCCUUGUCCCAUUAUUAAAAAAUGUCAAGGCCAAAUAUUAAACCCUAAGUUUAGUUUGGACGGCAUUAUUGGAAUGCUCCGAAUUACUUGUUUAUCAUUUUAUAUCUCAGUAGAUGAAAUAACGUCUUCUUGAGCUCAGUCCUUUUCUGUGGAUUCAGCAGGUGUGUUUAUGCGGCGCAUGUUUCUUAAAAUCUUUUUUUAUUAGAAUAUGAGAUAAGUCUUCCCUUAGAUGUCUCCUGAAAAAAAACUAACAUUUAAAAACAAGUAUUUCUUGAUGUCAUAAUGAACAAACGCUGUUUAUCAAAGUAUUUAUUGCAAGGUGUCAGAUAGAGAUGGGAGAGCAAUCAAUAACUGAACAGUCAUAUUUUAAAUGUAUCAGAUUUACUCAAAGUUAUUUGAUAGAUACAUUUAGUGACUGCCAGGUCGGGCUCUCCCAUCUCUAGUGUUAUUUGUUCCAAAUUAGAACAUUUUGAGGCUGUCCGCCAUGCUCCUCUCAAGAAACGGGGUCUAAAAUAAAUCUAAGUAUGGUUUUUUAAAAGUGUCCUUUUUUCUAGGAGCUGAUUUAAAGCCAUGAUGUAAUUUUGAAUACUUUAUUAAUGGCAUUUGACUUGAAAUGUGCCACAUUUUGUCCUGCAUGGUAUUUUGAUUUGGAACCCAACUGUAUUUUUUUAAACAUCUAUAGUGUUUCUUUUUUCUGCCUAUAUGCUAAAACCACAGAAUCUACAGAGUAAAUGUUGAUUCCUGUAGUAACUAGCAUGGCUGUAACUUCUUUUUAUGAAUUUCACUGAUGAGAUGAAUAUUUGGCAGGUGAAAGGAAGACAUGGAAUAGGCCACUUUUAGAAAAAUUUGGGAGAAAAUAAACGAAGUUGGUUAAAGAAA